AUGGCUUUAAAACGGAUCAACAAGGAGCUACAGGACUUGGGACGCGACCCGCCCGCGAACUGCAGCGCCGGCCCUGUGGGCGACGACCUGUUUCACUGGCAGGCGACGAUUAUGGGCCCCGAAGACAGCCCGUACUCGGGCGGAGUCUACUUUCUGAACAUAUACUUCCCCGCGGACUACCCGUUUAAGCCGCCCAAAGUGAACUUCACGACGCGCAUUUACCAUUGCAACAUCAACGCGAACGGCGGCAUUUGUCUGGACAUUCUCAAGGACCAGUGGAGCCCGGCGCUCACCAUCUCGAAGGUGCUUCUCUCGAUCUGUUCGCUGUUGACGGACGCCAACCCGGACGACCCGCUGGUGCCGGAGAUCGCGCAAAUUUAUAGAACAGACCGCGCGCGCCAUGACGCCACUGCCCGUGAAUGGACCGCCAAGUACGCCACUUAG